AUGGAACAGCAAUUGGGGCAAGUAUUAUCUCAAAUGUUAGAAACUAUUCGAGGAAUUCAAGUACAACAAGCGCAAUUACAACAACAAUUACAAAAUACGGAUAAAUCGUAUAAGAACACAGUUAUUGAAGGAAGAAUCUUUGUAAUUGACCGCGAAGUAGACACCGUAGUUGGAAGAGAAUGGCUUAGAAAAUUGAACUUAAAUUUUGAAUUAAAUACAAUAUACAAAGAAGAACAAGACAUAACAGAGAAAGAAUUCAAAUAUAAAUUACAAACAUUAUUAGAAGAAUAUAAAGAGUUAUUUACAGAAGAAAUAGGUGAAAUUAAAGAUUAUCAAGCAGCAUUUAAAUUGAAAGAAGGUUCAGUUCCAGUUUACUUAAAGCCACGCCCAGUACCAUUUGCAUUGAAAAAUCAAGUAGAGGCAGAAAUUGACAGAUUAGAAAAAGAAGGCAUAUUAGAAAAGGUUACAUACUCACAGUGGGGUACACCAAUUGUCCCCGUGAUGAAACACAAUGGAAAGGUACGACUAUGUGCCGACUACAGAGCUACAUUAAAUAAAAACCUAGAGAAUGACAAUUAUCCAAUUCCCCGAGUUGAAGAGAUAUUUUCAAAGCUCAGCGGUGGUAAAUAUUUUUGUACAUUGGACAUUAACCAAGCGUAUUUACAUAUGAAGACAAAUGAUGAUACAGCAGAGAUGCAAGCCAUAAGUACAUGUAAGGGCACAUACAAAGUAAGAAGACUGAUGUUCGGUGUGAAAAUAGCACCAAAUGUUUGGCAAAGAUACAUGGAUCAGACACUACAAGGAUUAGACGGUACAGCUUGUUUUUUCGAUGAUAUCGCUUUACAAGGACAUUCAUACAUACAAUUACUACAAAGAAUCCGAAAGAAAGAUACAAAAUUUAUAUGGAAUAAAGAAUGUGAACAAGCAUUUCAAGAGUUGAAAAAUGAACUAUGUGGAGAAAGAGUACUUAUACCAUUCCAUGAGAACUUACCUGUCACAUUAGCUACAGACGCAUCUCCUACAGGAUAUGGAGCUGUUUUAUCACACAUUAUGCCGGAUAAAACUGAACGACCUAUAGCAUUUGCAUCAAGAUCUUUAACUAAAGCAGAAAAAGGUUACAGUCAGUUGGAUAAAGAAGCAGCAGCUCUAGUAUGGGGAUUAAAGAAAUUUUUUCAAUAUUGUUACGGCAGGAAGAUAUUACUCAUUGUAGAUAAUCAACCAUUAGCUAGAAUUUUACACCCAGAGAAAGUUACACCAGCUACAACAGCCAUACGACUAGUACACUAUGCAAACUUUUUAGCAGGAUUUGACUAUGAGAUACGAUUAAGGAAGACUACAGAACAUGCGAAUGCCGACUAUUUUUCAAGAAUACAAUAUACAGAUGCAACUGAUAGGAAUGAGACAAUGACAGACGAUGAAGCGUUUUGCCUAAAUCAAAUUGCAGAAAUGCCAGUUUCAUUAAAGGAAAUAAGAGAAGCUACAGCCACUGACCCUGAGUUACAAAAAUUAUACAUAGAUAUACAGUCAGGAAGAGAAGAUACAGAAAGACUAUACGAAUGUUCAUUACAAAACAAUUGCAUAUUUUAA